AUGCACUUUUUCGGCCUCAACUGGCAACUUCAAGAAACGGAAAACAAACCAGUGGUUGAGAACGGAGGGGGGAAGGCUUUGCCAACUCAACCAAGCAUAGUGACAGUACUCUCAGUUGACUAUGGCAGGACUGGUGCGGUCCAUCAGGAGAACAACUCCAUUGACACCGGGCAAGUGGAAGUGGGCCGAAGGGUAGGUCAGGGAAUACCGCCUGGGGUGUUCUGGCGCUCUCGGCUGGCUAUGGAGCAGCCACGCUUCCUGAAGUUCAACAUCUCUGUUCAGAAGAAUGCACUGGUUGGGGCCUACGGGAGGAAGGGUCUCCCACCAUCUCACACACAGUAUGACUUUGUGGAGCUGCUGGAUGGCAGCAGGCUCAUCGCCAAAGAGAGGUGGGCUCCCACGGCACAGGAGACCAGGGGGCGGAUGGAGCGCCAGGUCAGCCUCCACCAAGCUGGCUUCAUCCAGUAUCUGGACUCUGGGGUGUGGCAUCUGGCUUUCUACAAUGAUGGGAAAAGCCUGGAGACAGUAUCAUACAACACCAUCAUCCUGGAGUCGGUUAUGGAGUGCUCACACAACUGUUAUGGGAAUGGAGAGUGUGUGUCCAGCUCCUGCCAUUGUUUCCCAGGGUUCAUUGGGCCGUACUGUUCAAGAGCUGCCUGUCCUGUCCUAUGCAGUGGCAAUGGCCAGUACACCAGGGGGCGCUGUCAGUGCUACAGUGGAUGGAAGGGCACAGAGUGUGACGUGCCUACUACCCAGUGUGUAGACCCCCAAUGCGGAGGCCAUGGGAUUUGUGUGACGGGCAACUGUGUGUGUAAUGCCGGCCACAAGGGAAGCAACUGUCACCAAGCGGACUGUCUGGAUCCAACCUGCUCGGGCCACGGAGCCUGCCACCACAGUGAAUGCCACUGUAACCCGGGCUGGGGCGGAAUCGGCUGUGAGAUCCUGAAGAGCACGUGUCCUGAACAGUGCUCCAGCCACGGAACCUUCCACACCGAGAAAGGCACCUGUGUCUGUGAGGCUAACUGGACAGGCUCCGACUGCUCUUUAGAGGUGUGCACUGUGGCCUGCGGCCCCCAUGGAGUGUGUGUCAGUGGGACCUGUCACUGCGAGGAGGGAUGGGCAGGCUCAGAGUGCGACCAGAGGGACUGUCACCCACGCUGUACAGAUCACGGUGUCUGCCGAGAGGGCAAAUGUGACUGUCACCAGGGCUGGACCGGAGAGCACUGCACCAUUGCUCUGGAUUCAAGAGUAUCAGGAGCAGUCAAGAUAGGAUAUAAAGAUGGGUGCCCUGGGUUGUGCAACAGCAAUGGGAGGUGCAUUCUAGACCAAGCCGGGUGGCGCUGCAUCUGCCAAUCAGGAUGGAGAGGGCUAGGAUGUGACGUUUCCACGGAGACCCUCUGCUCAGAUGGAAAGGACAAUGAGGGGGAUGGACUGGUGGACUGUAUGGACCCAGACUGCUGUUCACAGACCUCCUGCCAGGGCCAGGCCUACUGCCGUGGAUCCCCAGACCCCACAAGCAUUGUGGGCCAAGGUCAAGGGUCAUCCUCCUCUUCGUUGGACCCCAGGGGCUUUUACGCGCACGUCAGCUUCCUGGUUAGGCCUGGUGGUUGUCACGUGAUACCUGGUGACAACCCUUUCAACAGCAGCCUGGCGUCAAUCAUCCGGGGUCAGGUGCUGACGGGAGACGGGACACCCCUGAUUGGAGUCAAUGUGUCCUUCCGGGAUUACCCAGAGUACGGUUACACCGUCACGCGCCAGGACGGCAUGUUUGACCUGUUGGCCAAUGGCGGUGCCUCGCUGACGCUGAGUUUGGAGCGUGCCCCUUUUACCACACUGCACCGCACUGUGUGGUUACCCUGGAAGGUGUUCCACGUAAUGGACACUGUGGUGAUGAAGAGGGAGAACAACGAUAUCCCCAGCUGUUACCUCAGCGGCCUGCUUAGGCCCAGCCCCCUCAUCUUGGCCUCGCCCCUGUCCACUUUCUACAGGAGUUCCCCCGAGGACAGCCCCAUCAUCCCUGAGACCCAGGUCCUACAUGAGGAAGUGGCCAUACCUGGAAGUGACCUCAAUCUGGUUUACCUGAGCUCCCGCACGUCCGGCUACAAGCCCAUCCUCAAGGUCCUUAUGACCCAGGAACGACUCCCAUUCGGACUCAUGAAGGUCCAUCUAAUGAUUGCUGUCAUGGGCAGACUGUUCCAGAAAUCAUUCCCUGCUUUUCCCGACGUCUCGUACACCUUUGUCUGGGACAAGACAGACGCCUACAACCAGAAGGUCUACGGCUUGUCAGAGGCUGUAGUGUCUGUGGGAUAUGAGUAUGAAUCAUGUCUAGAUAUGAUCCUCUGGGAGAAGAGGACGGCCAUUUUACAAGGUUAUGAACUGGAUGCCUCUAACAUGGGGGGUUGGAUGCUGGACAAGCACCAUGUAUUGGACAUUCAAAAUGGCAUCCUCUACAAAGGCAGUGGUGAGAACCAGUUCAUCUCGCUGCAGCCUCCCGUCAUCUCUACAGUGAUGGGGAACGGUCGGCGCCGAAGCAUCUCCUGCCCCAGCUGCAAUGGGCAGGCCCUGGGCAACAAGUUGCUGGCGCCAGUGGCCCUGGCGUGGGGCAUCGACGGCAGCCUCUACGUGGGCGAUUUCAACUACAUCAGACGCAUCUACCCAUCGGGCAACGUCACCAGCGUCAUGGAGCUCAGAAAUAAAGAUUUUAGACACAGUAACAACCCUGCUCACCGGUAUUACCUGGCCACCGACCCAGUGACUGGGCAGCUGUAUGUGUCCGACACCAACUCGCGGAGGAUCUACCAGCCCAAGGUCCUGACAGGGAUCAAGGAACUGCAGAGUAACGUGGAGGUGGUGGCAGGGACCGGGGAGCACUGUCUGCCCUUUGACGAGACCCACUGUGGGGAUGGGGGCAAGGCCACGGAGGCCCUGCUCACUGGGCCAAAAGGUAUUGCUGUGGACAAGAAUGGACUGAUAUAUUUUGUGGACGGCACCACGAUCCGGAGAGUUGACCAAAGCGGCAUCAUAUCCACACUCCUGGGCUCCAAUGACCUCACGUCGGCACGCCCCCUGACCUGUGACAUCAGCAUGGACAUCAAUCAGGUGCUCCUGGAGUGGCCUACCGACCUAGCGGUCAGCCCCAUGGAUAACUCCCUGUACGUCCUGGACAACAAUGUGGUCCUACGAAUCACUGAGAACGGGCAGGUCAGCAUUGCAGCAGGCCGGCCCAUUCACUGCCCUUUGGCCGGAAUGGACCGUGGAGGUCAAAGGGCAGCACUGACGCCCCUGGAGUCUGCCAUAGCCAUCGCCGUGUCCUACCACGGCGCCAUCUUCAUCGCUGAAACUGACGAGCGGAAGCUGAGCCGAAUCCGAACUGUAUCCAUCGAUGGUGAAAUAACCCAUCUGGUGGGGUCGCCGUCCGACUGCGACUGUAAGAACGAUGUUAACUGCGAUUGUUACCAGACGGGUGAUGGCUACGCCAAAGACGCCCGUCUCAACGCACCGUCCUCUCUUGUCGUGGCACCCGAUGGCACCCUGUAUAUGGCAGACCUGGGCAACAUCCGCAUCCGGGCGGUCGGUAGGAACGGGCCUGCGUUGACCUCCAAUGCCAACACCUUCGAGGUGGCGUCGCCGGACGCCCAGGAAGUGUACGUCUUUGACACCAAUGGUACCCACCAACACACCGCCAGCCUCAUGACGGGUGACUUGAAGUAUACCUUCAGCUACAGCACGGAGAACGACGUAACCGCCAUGACCGAUAGCAACGGAAACACCCUGAGAAUCCGCCGCGACCCUAACCGCAUGCCUGUGCGCAUAGUCGCCCCUGACAACCAGGUAAUCUGGCUGACCAUGGGGACAAACGGUGGGCUGAAGACCUUGAUGGCUCAGGGCCAGGAACUGGUGCUGCUCACCUACCAUGGUAACACUGGCCUGCUGGCUACCAAGACCUCUGAAAUCGGCUGGACCACAUUCUACGACUAUGACAGCGAAGGCAGGCUAAUGAACGUGACGUUCCCCACCGGAACAGUGAACAACCUGUACACCGACAUCUACAGGGCCUUGACCGUGGACAUUGAGAGCUCCUUGACUGAAGAGGAAAUUAGCAUUACCACCAAUACCUCCACCAUUCGUGCCUUCUAUACAUUGGCUCAGGAUCAAUGUAGAAGCAGUUAUCAGGUUGGCUAUGAUAACUCUCUGAGGAUCACCUAUGCCAACGGAAUGGACACCCACUACCAGACUGAGCCCCACAUCCUGGCGGGCACUGCCAACCCCACCGUGGCACGGCGUAACAUGAGUUUGCCAGGGGAGAGUGGGCAGAAUCUGGUUGAGUGGCGCUUCCGCAAGGAGCAAACCAGGGGCAAAGUCAUUGUUUUUGGGCGCAAGCUAAGGGUGAAUGGACGGAACAUUCUAUCGGUUGAUUACGACCGCACGCUGAGGAUGGAGAAGAUUUACGAUGACCACAGGAAGUUCCUGCUGAAGAUUAUCUAUGACGGCGCGGGCCACCCUGUGCUGUGGGUACCCAGCAGUAAGCUGCUUCCCGUGAACGUCAGCCGGAGCAGCAACGGUCAGAUCAGUGCCCUCCAGAGGGGGCAGACCAGCGAGCGGUUGGAGUAUGACGCUCAGGGACGCAUUGUGUCCAGAUUGUUUGCUGACGGGAAGACGUGGAGUUACACAUACCUGGACAAGUCGAUGGUGCUCCUGCUCCACAGCCAACGUCAGUACAUCUUCGACUUUGACUCUCAGGACCGGCUAUCUGCCGUCACCAUGCCCAGUGUGGCCCGCUACACCAUGAACACAGUCCGCUCAGUGGGCUACUACCGCAACAUCUUCCACCCGCCUGAGAGCAACGCUUCUGUAGCAGUGGACUACAGCGAGGAUGGCCUCCUGCAGCGAGUGGUGCACUUGGGCACGGGCCGCCGGAUCCUGUACAAGUACCGACGGCAGAACAAGCUAGCCGAAGUCCUGUAUGACAGCACGCGGGUCAGCUUCACGUACGAUGAGAUGGCAGGCGUGCUGAAAACGGUCAACCUGCAGAGCGAGGGCUUCAUCUGUUCAAUCCGUUACCGCCAAGUGGGCCCCCUGGUGGACCGGCAGAUCUUUCGCUUCAGCGAGGACGGCAUGGUCAACGCCCGCUUUGACUACACCUACGACAGCAGCCUGCGCGUCACCAGCGUGCAAGGCGUCAUCAACGAGACGCCGCUGCCCAUCGACCUCUACCAGUUUGACGACAUCUCCGGCAAGGUAGAGCAGUUCGGCAAGUUUGGCGUUAUCUACUAUGACAUCAACCAGAUCAUCUCCACGGCCGUCAUGACUUACACCAAGCACUUUGACGCCCACGGCCGGAUCAAGGAGAUUCAGUACGAGAUCUUCCGAUCCCUUAUGUACUGGAUCACCUUCCAGUACGAUGACGUGGGACGAUGCUCCAAGAGGGAAAUCAAGAUUGGGCCAUUCGCCAACACCACCAAAUACGGCUAUGAGUACGACGUAGAUGGCCAGCUCCAGACGGUCUACCUCAACGACAAGAUCAUGUGGCGCUACACCUACGACCUGAACGGCAACCUCCACCUACUGAACCCAGGCAACAGCGCCCGCCUGCUCCCCCUGCGCUACGACCUCCGCGACCGCAUCACCCGCCUGGGAGACGUGCAAUACCGCAUGGACGAGGAUGGCUUCCUCCGGCAGCGAGGUUCCGAGAUCUUCGACUACAACUCAAAGGGCCUCCUGGUACGCGUAUACAGCAAGGGCAACAGCUGGACCAUCCAAUACCGCUACGACGGCCUGGGCCGGAGGGUGUCUACCAAGAACAGCCUGGGGCAGCAUCUGCAGUACUUCUAUGCAGACCUGAGCUACCCCAGCAGGAUCACCCACGUCUACAACCACUCCAGCUCUGAGAUCACCUCCCUGUACUAUGACCUGCAGGGACACCUGUUUGCCCAGGAGAUCAGCAGCGGAGAGGAGUACUACAUCGCCUGUGACAACACCGGAACCCCUCUGGCCGUAUUCACCAGCAAUGGCCUCCUGAUCAAGCAGGUCCAGUAUACGGCGUAUGGGGAGAUCUACUUUGACUCCAACCCGGACUUUCAACUGGUGCUGGGGUUCCACGGGGGGCUCUAUGACCCACUGACCAAAUUGUUGCAUUUUGGUGAGAGGGACUAUGACAUUAUGCCCGGGAGGUGGACUGUGCCUGACAUCAACACCUGGAAACGAGUGGGGAAAGAGCCAGGUCCUUUUAAUCUCUACAUGUUCAGAAACAACAACCCCAUCAGCAAAGUACAUGAAGUGAGAGAGUAUGUCGCAGAUGUGAAUAGCUGGCUGGUGACCUUUGGGUUCCAUCUACACAACACCAUUCCUGGCUACCCAGUCCCAAAGUUUGAUCUGACCCACCCAUCUUAUGAACUGAAGAAGAGCCGGCUCUGGGAUGAUUUACCGUCCAUCUCUGGGGUCCAGCAGGAAGUUACCAGACAGGCGCAUGCCCUCCUAACAUUUGAGCGGCUGCCGGAGGUCAAUGCGUGCCGAGGCCGCCGAGGCCAAAAAUCUUGGUUAUGGUUUUCAGCCGCCCAGUCCCCUAUCGGUAGGGCCGUCAUGUUUGCCAUCUACAAGGGCACCGCCCACACUCACACGCUCAACGUAGCCAACGAGGACUGCAUCAAGGUGGCCACCGUCCUCAACAAUGCCUUCUACCUUGAAGACCUGCACUUCACUGUGGAAGGCUGCGACACUCACUACUUCGUCAAGCCCGGCUUGCCCGACGGCGACUUGGCGACACUGCGUCUCACCAGCGGCCACAAGACCCUGGAGAACGGUGUCAAUGUCAGCGUGUCCCAGUCCACCACGGUCAUGGACAGCCGGACUCGGCGCUUCGCAGAUGUGGAGUUGCGGCGUGGGGCGCUUGCGCUGCAUGUGCGCUAUGGCUCCACGGUGGACGAGGAGAAGGCCCGCGUGCUUGAGUUGGCCCGCCAGAGGGCGUUAGUGAGUGUGUGGGCCAGGGAACAGCAGAGGGUGCGCGAUGGCGAGGAGGGCGUCCGCCCAUGGACAGAGGGAGAGAAGAGGCAGCUCCUGAGCAAUGGGAAAGUGCUAGGGUACGACGGGUACUACGCACUUUCCAUCGAGCAAUAUCCGGAGUUAGCGGACAGCGCUAAUAACAUUCAGUUCCUACGGCAAAGUGAAAUAGGGAAAAGGUAACUAACUAUUGUGCACUUGCUGCCAAAAAGACUUUGAAUGGCCUGUUUCAAUAGAGGCGUGGCGACAGUGGGAACGAAAGCAUCAAUAGUGGCAUGGCCAAAGAUUAAAUAUAGCUAUGUCCGAGUGGGGUGUGUGUUUUUGUAAAUCAUAUGUGAUCGAAAGCAAUGCUGUGCAAUGCUGUUAAACAGGGGACUACUACAGAGUAAAUGUAUAACUACGCCAAACCUUAAUAUGGGCAGUGACAAGAUGUACCUCUGUAGCACAAACUGAUUGGACUGUUGACUCUCAACCAGGAGCCAGGAGAUAUAGUAGUGUUUUGGGAAAUAUUUAGUCUUUUUUUGUCUCUGUUUUUUACUUAGUGUUGUCUGCUUAAAAUUAAAAGAAAGUAUUUAAAGGUGAAAUGAAAUGUUUACAUACGCAUUAUAUCUGCACUUCUCUGGAAAUAUGAUGUAUGAAUUUUUACUCCUCAAUAGGCAAUGUCCAUUACCAGAUGUUUGUCUUGAAUCGAUGACCUUUCAAUUUGAGGUUUCGUCUCACUCAGUGACCAUCACACCUAACAUGUCGGAAUUGAGAAGCACUCCCUUUGAUAAACCCUAACUCAUACCCCUUUGUGUUGCUUUUAAAAAGGACAUCAUAACAAGUUACAUGUUAUACAAAAUAUUUGUUUUGUGUAUCUGCCUUGGUAGGAGAUCAGGGCAAAAUAUGUAUGAAGGAAGUCUGGCACAGAUACUUGUCUUGUCCAAGCACAGGAACACCAUGUUUUGUAAAUUAUGAUUUUUUAUUGUUUUGUUUUCUAUGAAAUUGAUUAACAGACCAUUGAUGAUUAUACCAAGUAAUUUAUGUUGUGUUUAUACCUUGUAAAUAAAAUCUAAAACCUUUUUUUUAUA